UGCAACACAACCGGUGGACAGUACGUCGUCGGCGCGGGGGAGAAACGUGUGUCUCGAUCAGUGACAGACAAGAUGGCGGAGUGUCUGGUGCGGUGGUAGUAGAGCGGUGCAUAUCGCACGGGUCGCGUCGUCACGGAGGACAACGCGGAGGGUCUCGGUUGUUGGCCAAAGCUUGACAACAGCUGGACGCGACAUGGAACGGGCGGUCUCGGCGACGACCAGACGCCGCGGUCACCAGCAUCAUCCGCGGCACACCACGCGACGACGUCUCGACGCCUCCAGCAGAGGACCCGCGCAGUGUGGCCCUGCUGAUGCCGCCAGGAACACCACGUUUACCGGCGACGAGACGUCGCUCGCCAACGUGACCGUCGACUGCCGACUUGGCGCGACGGAUCCGUCCGUGACACCGCAAGUGACACUCGGCACGAGAUGGCCCACGAGGAUCAACGAGAUCGAGACGAAGGACUCGAAAACUCAGGUGCUCGAAGAGGAGAAGGAGAAAGAUAAUGAAGGAGUCCGUAGGGAUGAUGACGUCCGACAAAGGCUCGCGCAGUGUAGCCCGGACGUUCCCGUGCUCGGCGAGAGUAAGGACGCUGAGCACGACGAGAUCCAGGAUCGGCCGGGUAGAAAGAGAAAAACCCACCGAUUUAGUCCUCGUAGGAAGAACUCUGCCGAGAAUCGCGACGAACGCGAUCCGCGAAGCAAGAGCAACUCGCCCGAGCCUGAGCACGCGGUCGCGAGGGCACGCGGCGACGGGAACUCCGAUGACGAGUCUGCCAACGUCGAGGAGGACCCUGAAUUGGCGGAGCUAGCUAAGCUACGUUGUCCCAGCGAACGUACCGAGGUCCAGGCCGAGAGAGAGGCCCGCAGGCGGAAGAGAUGCGCCGAUUAUCCUGGGCUCGCCUUCGGCUGCUCCAUAUUUUCCAGCGACACGAUGAUGAAGUUCAGUCUGAUAAAGAACGAACUCCAGAAUAUCAUGGGCAAUCAGCUGAAGCGGGCCGAAUCUGAAGUCGCCGCUUUGAAUCGUCGUAUUCAACUGUUGGAGGAGGACCUUGAAAGAUCCGAGGAGCGUCUUGCCACUGCCACUGCCAAACUGGCGGAGGCAUCGCAAGCUGCCGAUGAGAGUGAACGGAUACGCAAGGCCCUUGAAAACCGUACUAACAUGGAGGACGACCGAGUAUCCUUGUUGGAGCAGCAGCUAGCACAGGCUAAACUGAUCGCAGAAGAGGCGGAUAAGAAAUACGAGGAGGUCGCCAGGAAACUAGUCUUGAUGGAACAGGAUCUCGAGCGUGCCGAAGAGAAGGCCGAACUUUCCGAAUCAAAGAUUGUCGAACUUGAAGAAGAAUUGCGUGUCGUUGGCAAUAACUUGAAGUCUCUCGAAGUCUCCGAGGAAAAGGCGACGCAACGAGAGGAGACGUUCGAGGGCCAGGUGAAGAUUCUUGAUAGUCAAUUGAAAGAGGCUGAGGCACGCGCUGAGUUUGCAGAGAGAUCCGUGCAGAAACUCCAGAAGGAAGUUGACAGGCUCGAAGACGACCUUGCGGCCGAGAGAGAGAAAAACAAAUUGCUACAGGAGGAGAUGGAGGCCACCCUGCAUGACAUCCAGAACAUGUAGAUUGUAUUUUUCGCGGUGGACGAAAAUGCAUAAACGCGAAAACGUUUAGAAAGCGAGAGAACAUCCGAGAGAGAAAGAGAAAAAGAGAGAGAGAUUGAGAAAAAAGAAAUCGAAAGAAAAUAAAUGCAAGCAGGUAGCAAAACGGCGGCAACGAGAAGUGAACGAGAAGCAAAUACGCCGUUACGGAGCGAGAGCUUCGUAUGUGCACACUUCACCUAACAUUAACGAAUAAAAAUGCAGUCUUUAGGCUAGCCUUAUACCCUCCAUUACGUCCAUCCGCAGUGCGUAUACGUACUAUACAUGCUUGUAUGCGCUCGAGCGUGUGUAUCGUGUGCGUGUUGCGUGUCUAUUUGUAUGCGUGUGACGUAAGUUACUGAUGUAGGUUGAGAGGAAGAGAAUAGAAAAUGUGUGCAUGUGUAUAUGUAUGUGAGAGGAAGAGUACGGAAGAUACAGAAUGAAAGGAUCAAUAUGACAGAGAGAGAGAGAGAGAGAGAGAGAGAGAGAGAGAGAGAGAGAGAAAGAGAGAGAGAAU